AGGACCUCUGUGGGUGGCAACUCGUUGCUCAUUUCAAAUACAAAUUGCUUUUCAAUUUUGCACAAACACUACAGUAUGCAUUUGGUGUGUUCUGGAGGAGACUUGCACUUUACAUCUACUUUGCAUACAGACCACAUCAUAUGCUUACAUCUCUCUCUCUCUUUCUCUCUCUCUCUCUCUGUGAGUGUGUGUGUGUCUGUGGGUGUGUGAGAACAUGAGCAACCUUUGAACCACUAUGCUCACUACAGAGUUGGCUCCUUUAACAUUCCUCUAGUUGGACUUCUUGCCUCCGGUGGGGGAACUUCUGCUUUCACGUCAAAAAAAAAAAAAAAAAAAAACACCCAACAACAAACCAAAUAUAAAAGUGCAGUCAGCAGCAGACCCUACACUACAUCCAGCGGAAAAGUUGGAACAAAGGACAGCUGCUUCCUGUCUGUGGUGCAGCCAUCUACAUUACCUUCACCACAACUAUCAUCAUCGUCAUCAUCAUCAUCAUGUCAGGUGACCUGCGUAGUGCAACCGGGCCUAAGCCCCUCAAGCCCCAGCGAUCCCUCCCAGGGACACCCGUUUCUCUCAAACACUUCCCAAUUGACCUGCGGACAUCCAUGGACGGAAAGUACAAAGAGAUUGCCGAGGAGCUGUUCACACGCAGCAUGGCAGAGAGUGAGAUGCGCAGCGCUCCUUAUGAGUUCCCUGAGGACAGCCCCAUUGAACAGCUGGAGGAGCGACGGCACCGCCUGGAGAGGCAAAUCAGCCAGGACAUAAAGCUUGAGCCAGAGAUCUUGCUCCGUGCCAAACAGGACUUCAUGAAAAUCGACAGUGCUGCAGACCUGGAGUUAAUGAAGGAGAAAAGUGUGGACACUGUUGAUGAUGGCUUUCAGGAAAGAGAUUUGCCGAUGGAGAGGGAGUACCAGCGUGUCUCAAUAUCUGGAGAGGAAAAGUGUGGGGUGCCCUUCACUGAUCUGGUGGAUGCUGCUAAGUGUGUGGUGAAGGCAUUAUUCAUUCGGGAGAAGUACAUUACCCGUUCCAUGCAGACCUUCUGUAAGACCACCGCUCACUCCUUGCAGGAGCUGGGGGAGAGAUCUCUGGAUAUAGGGGUCUACGAUGAUAUUCCAGAAACCCCUGUCGAUGCUGAUGCCCCUGUCCACCCACCGGUCUCAGAGACGCACCCUUAUGAGAAUCUCGAUCCCAAGAGUAUGCCUCCAGACACAGGAUAUGGAUGCAAGAUGGUGGAUGGAGUAAUCCAUGUCUACACAAAGAAGAGCCCCAUGGACAAGAGCACAGAGCUGGAUCUCCCCUAUCCUGACCUGAAUGAGUAUAUUGCAGACAUGAAUGUUAUGAUGGCCCUCAUUAUCAAUGGACCAGUGAAGUCUUUCUGCUACCGCCGCCUACAGUACCUAAGUUCAAAAUUCCAGAUGCACAUCCUCCUGAAUGAGAUGAAGGAGUUGGCAGCCCAGAAGAAAGUUCCUCAUCGAGACUUCUACAACAUCCGCAAGGUAGACACACACAUACAUGCAUCCUCCUGUAUGAACCAGAAGCACCUGCUGCGUUUUAUCAAGAGAGCCAUGAAGAAAUACCCUGGUGAGAUUGUCCACAUAGAGCGCGGGCGUGGACAGACCCUCAUUGAGGUGUUUGAAAGCAUGAACUUGACAGCCUACGACCUGAGUGUAGACACUCUCGACAUGCAUGCGGACCGCAACACAUUCCAUCGAUUUGACAAGUUCAAUGCCAAAUACAACCCUAUUGGAGAAUCCAUCCUUAGGGAGAUCUUCAUCAAGACUGAUAAUCACAUUGAAGGAAAAUACUUUGCACACAUAAUCAAGGAGGUGAUGUAUGACUUGGAGGAGAGCAAGUACCAGAACUCUGAGCUGCGUCUGUCUAUCUAUGGCCGCUCCCGUGAUGAAUGGGAUAAGCUGGCCCGGUGGGCCGUCAAACAUCGUGUCUACUCUGAUAAUGUGCGCUGGCUUAUCCAGGUGCCCCGUCUCUAUGAUGUGUACCAGACCAAGAAACAGCUGGCAAAUUUCCAGGAGAUGCUGGAGAAUAUCUUCAUGCCCCUGUUUGAAGCCACCAUGAACCCCUGCAGUCAUCCUGAGUUGCACCUCUUCCUGGAGCAUGUGGUGGGUUUUGACAGUGUGGAUGACGAGUCCAAGCCUGAGCACCACAUCUUCAAUCUUGACAGUCCACUGCCAGCCAAUUGGACUGAAGAGGACAACCCACCCUACUCCUACUACCUCUACUACACUUAUGCCAACAUGACUGUGCUCAAUCAUCUGCGCAGGAGGCGAGGCUUCCAUACGUUUGUCCUGCGACCUCACUGUGGGGAGGCGGGGCCUAUCCACCACCUGGUGUCAGGUUUCAUGUUAUCAGAGAACAUCUCCCAUGGACUGCUGCUCAGAAAGGCCCCUGUGCUGCAGUAUCUAUACUACCUGGCUCAAAUUGGCAUCGCCAUGUCACCACUGAGUAACAACAGCUUGUUCCUCAGUUAUCACCGCAACCCGCUGCCAGAGUACCUGUCCAGAGGUCUCAUGGUGUCUCUGUCCACUGAUGAUCCCCUUCAGUUCCACUUCACCAAGGAGCCUCUGAUGGAGGAGUACAGCAUCGCUGCUCAGGUGUGGAAGCUGAGUUCCUGUGACAUGUGUGAGCUGGCAAGGAACAGUGUCCUCAUGAGUGGGUUUUCACACAAGGUAAAGAGCUACUGGUUGGGCCCCAACUACUCCAAAGAGGGUCCUGUGAGCAACGAUAUCCGUCGUACCAAUGUCCCUGAUAUCCGUGUGGCAUACCGCAGCGAAACACUCAGUGAGGAGCUCAACCUCAUUAUUCAGGCUGUUCGCACAGAGGAGCUGGACACCAUCGAUGAGGAGGACUCUCUGUCCAUGGCCCCUCUCCCUGGACAACACUGAAAUCACUAUCGUCCCAUCUCCUCACGUAAAUCUCCAACCUUUUGGCCCCUUUCCAGCAUGACACUGAAGAAACAUGGUCUACAAGGAUUCCUGCUUUCUUACCCCACUCCUGAUCACCCUCAGCCAUCACUGUAGAGCUACCACAAAGCCAAGGAGCACUCCCAGACUGCUCUGUCAAUCUUCCUGUGUUUCUAGUGGUGGUGUAGAUCCAUUUUAGAUUGCAAGAAAAAGUUUUCCAGACUAUUUUUUUUCUUCAAAGUACCCCUUUUUUGCUUAAAGUUAACCUGAACUCUAUUUCUUUAACCUCUCUUUGUAUUCACUGUGAUGUUCAGUGUCAAUCAGCAUGACUAAGGUUAGCAGGGAUGACCAGCACCAGGGUUGUUCAGUUGAUGCACAAAAGCAGCAAGGAAACACUAGGGAAGGUAGUUUUUUCGACACCUCUUCAUUAAAAUUAUUCUUUAGUCCUUGAAUUUGAACCCCUUUCCUGUCCUCCCAUAUCCAUCAGAUAGUCCAUGUAAUGCAUUCUGUGAUUCAGUUGAAUGUUUUUAAUUCACCAGACAUAUCACAGAGAUGCAUUUAAACACUGGCAUACAGCACAUUAUCACACAAAACUGACUUUACAGUAAACCUGUGCUGAAUGCUGCUUAUCUUCCACUGCAUAGUCACGCUGCCUUACAAAGCUUAGUACAUCUAGCAUCUUCAUAAUGCUAAUUACGAAGGACUGCAGAUUCAGCUUUACUGGAGCAGAAGCUUUCCCUUGCCUGCACAAUGUUCAGUCAGUCUUUGUCAGAAUCAUGAGUGUGCAGUGGAGAGCGCUACAGAAACAUGAGGAAAGGUUCAUGUACAAAUUAGGAGCAAGAGCGAACAACCUCUGAGUGCUGGAUAUCAGCUGUCGCUUGGUGUGCUUUCAAAUAAUUUGCAAAGGAUUGCACAUGUAGCAUGCUUCCAUGACUUGUAUCGGCUCUGAAUUCAGCAGAAAAGAGAAAAGCAGAAAAUGUAGCCUUCAAACGAGAGUAGAGCCGACUGCCUGUGGUUGACUGUAAACAUUCCAUUAAGCAAACAGUGAUUGGAGUUAUUUUUAGCAGCAAAUGAAGAGCUUUCUAAUGAAUAUAGAAAAUGGCUUUAGUUUUAAUAUUACCCUGAGAGGAGCAGAUUUGUACCUCAGCAGUAUGUGACUGUCUGACGAUCUGUUUCUGUGGCAGAAGCGAUUCGAUGUGUGCAUGAUAUUCCUUCAACCACAGCUUUAGCUGGAGCACAAUUGAAGGAGGAUGAAUUUAGCAUCGUCCACGGGGAACACCCCUACCAUUACCUCACUGUGUCCAUUGGAUAUACCUCCUUGCACAUGGGCUUUCAUCCAAUCCAUCCCCUCCCCUGGCCUGGUGGAAAGACUAGACGUAGGCGAGGCCCCACAGGUGGGCCGUAGAAAGAUGUGGAUUUUUUUUUUCUCUUUGCAUGCAGUGCACUGUAUGCAUCAAGCCAAGACUUACUAGUGCCUUUUAAUUUUCGCUUUGGGCACUGCUUGCCCAUCUCUCUCCAAGUUGUUGUCAUGUGUAAUAUUUCUGUCUUUUACACUUAGAAGAAGUGCUGCAUCUUAUUUUCUGCAAAUCAUUAGGCCUACAUACUGUUGUAGUAAGAAUUCAUGCCAAUGUAACUGAAACCACCUGGCCGCAUGCUUGGUGUAAAUUUGUCCUCACCUUGGCCUUCCCUUGAAAGGGAAAAGUUGUUUUGUCUCUAAUUCUCAAGUGCGUUUUUCCUGCAUGCAUGCAUGGAUAAGGGUUGGUAAGAGGAAGACGGAGAAGUUGCCGUCAGAAAUAUAUUUGAAUUGAUUAUUUGGUCCAGCAAACAUAUGUAAACUCUAUUUAGUACAUCCUGUGGAAAUGGGCAAACCAUGCUGGGACAUGGUUAACACUUGCAUGGGUCUUUAUGGCAUUUUUCAACCUCACCCCAAAUCUGAUCAUGUAUGUGAUCACCAAGGUCAGCAUUUUGUAUUGUGUACUCAUUCAGAUUAUUACAUCAGUCUCCCUGCCAUUUGGACCGUUUGACUGUCCAUCAAACUGUGAGCAUUUUCCUUCAACGUAGUCGCUACUGUAGAGUAAUAACUUGAUGCCAAGACUGUUGAAAAAAUACUAAUCUGAAGUAGCAAAAUUAUUUAAAGGUGAUUGUCACAUACAGUAGGCUAUGAUGCUGUAUACUGUAGAAAGUAAAACUAGAACGUGUCAGCCUUUCUAUGAAUAACCACCUGUAAUGCGUUUAUAUACAUGUUUACUUUGAAAAAUAGAUCAGAAAGAUGUAUGAAAGUCCAUUUCAAUUCAGGAGAGAAUACAGAAGCUUCUCAGUGUUAAAGGGAUGCACUGGGGUUGUGUGCGCUGAACCUGAAGGACUUUUUAUGAUUGUUGGGUUUCAUGUACAAAAUGUAUUUUUUUAAAGGCUAUAGAAAUAAGAAAUUUUAUAUAAACAAUACAGAAUAUUGAUGUUAAGGUUUCAAACUUAGUUCCGUUGCUGUAGAUCAUUGUUGAACCGGCAUUAUGUCAUGAAAAUAGAAGUACAGAAUUUGAUACCGUUAUAUUGUUGCUAGCCUUUUAAAUUUGUUAUACUUACAAUAACUGGACCCAGUAUUUCAGUUUUUGUUUUUUUUAUUGUUAUUUUGCAUAUUUCACAUUUUGUUGUUAAACAUUCUGUUUAAUUCUCCGUUCUGUGUCGUAGAGCGCCUAUCAAAUCCAUUACGGAUAGGUAUAUGAUUAAUACCUCUUAUUUUGAAGCCAAAAGAUUUCUCUACAGUAGCAUGCCAGACAUUGAUUUCUAAACACACACACACACACACACACACACACACACAUACACACACAUACACAAACACACAGGAUACACACUUUUUUUUUAAACUCUGACCCUUACUUUACAUCACCGCAGUAGAGUUGGCCUUUUCUAGUUUUAAUGCGUUAAGAUCAUCUGGUUGACUACUUUGUAACAUUUUGCAAAGAACUUGUGGGAAUUAUUAUACUCAUCAUUAUUAUUAUUACUACUUUAAUUUAGGAGGGAGAUGAUGCAUGUUGUCAAUGCCAAAGCUUGAGACGCCUGUGUUCAGUCCCUGGUACGGCAUGUUAUCACACUGAGACUAUUACGAUCUGUCUGAUUUACACCUGAUUUCCCAUCCAUUCAUCUGAGUUUUUCCUGCCUUUGACUGUUUCACGUCCACUUCAUGGUUUCAUAUUGUCUCUUUGUGAAUUAGCUGAUUAGAGAACUGGUUGUUUGUGGCAUGCACGAUACAGUGCACCCUACCUCACAAUUCUACUAGGAUAAUAUUGUCCUCUUGCCGUGCUGUGUUCUUCUUCUUCUUCACAACAACAACAAAAAUGUCGUAUCCCAGUGAAUCAUGGCACGCAAGGAGUGACUCACCAGACACAGAGUAGCAAAAGCCAUUUGGAGUCCAGGAUAAUGUUUGGUGUUCUGUCAUGUUUUGAUCAGUAAUGCAAAUAUUAUUUGUAUCGGGCAAGUUACCAACACAGAAACCCCACCAAUUAUUCAGAUAUCACCGUGUUCACAAAUCAACAGUUCAUAAUGUAUGUUGAGGUUUUGUUUUGUUGAAAUUGUUAUGUUCAUGUAUUUGUGCACACUAAAAUCAUAAUACAUUGAUCACAAAUAUUUUGAUGCCCUCACACGAUUUUUUUUUUUGUGUGUGUGUUUUAUUUUUCCCGUAAAGUUUCUAUUUUUGUCACCUUCUUUUGUUCUUGUUUACAUGGAAUCAUAUUUUUGAUUUGUUAUGUUGUACUCAGCUGUAGUCAUCAUCUUGAAAUGGACUGCCAAAUGUUUUACAGAUUCUAAUGCUUCUGAUACAAGGUUUAUGUGUAAUAUCUGAAGAAUGGAAUAAAGCAUGUUUAUUCAUUGAA